CGCAUUGGGAAUUGAAAUGAAGAGCAAUCGGCAAGUGUUUGCGUUACCUUGAUUGGGAGAUCCCUAUGCAUUAUGGCUAAACACAAUAAGGAUGAGCGUUGGUAAAAGGAAGUUCACGCAACACAUCAUACCCAACCCUCAAACCUCUAAAUACAAAGAUGGUUCGUCACUGGGAAAUAAUGAGCUCACUGAGCAGAUGGUUUGAACUUAUGUUAUCAUUAAACUGAUUUACUUUAGUGGUGUUCAUCUAUUUCUAUGCCGAUUGAGUACGAGGAAUAUGUUACAAAAAAUAAGGCACUCAUUGUUAAUGAUCCAUACCGAGAAACUGUACUUUUUCCUCAAGACGAUUUGAAGGUGGUCAGAAUUCCUCAUAUUCAUCGAACGUUGAGCAGUGUUGUUCCCGAGGCUGCACGUAAACAUGAUUUAUUUGCUUCAAAUUCAUUGGCACGCCAUGCAGUAUUAUUUUUUGCUACAACUGAAUGGAGCUAUAUUCAACAAAUAUCUUCCAUUUAUCGCGGGAAUUUUCUCUCGCUUCCAUUUAAGAAUGAUAUCGAUGAUUUUGGCGGAAAAUUAUCCCAAUAUUGGUUCUCAAUUGAUCAGUCAUUAUCCAAUAAAGAUAGUCCCAAUCAUGUUUCAGAUUCCGAUCAUCUAUCAACUAACAUUGGCUCAAAAAUAAGAGCAGCUACAGGAUUUCAAGUUCGUGGUCGUCGGUCAGCUACAAGUAGCCUUAUGAGAACUGGUCAAAGUGUUUCUGAAACAGCUACUUCUAGUUCAGAUAGUCAAUUUGCAGGAAAUUUUCAACCUAAAGAUAAUUUGAAAUUGGAGAGAAUCAACACAGAUACCAGUUUAAUAAAACGUGGCAGUAAACCAGAGGAUAUAGGACAGACUGAUGAAGAAUCAAUCAAUGAUAUUACUACAAAUUUGAGUCUUAGUGGGAAACAGUUUGAAAAUGGAAAGUUUUCAUCUACUUAUUUAGAAUGUCAACUUAUGUUAUGUAAUCGUGAACAAUAUCAAGAUUAUAUUCGUAUACUAGAAGGUUUACUUUCUUCUGGAAUAAAUAAAAAUGUUAAUAAAACAAAAUCAUUAUUUAAAAAUUAUAUAACAAACUAUUAUUGUUUAAGACAAAUACAAAUUGAAGAGCUAUCUGAUAAUGAUCGACAAAAAACUUCAUUAGAAUCUAUUGGAAAAAUUCGAAAUUUAUUCGUUGGUCUACAUGUUAUAGCACCUUGUGAUUGGCGUGCAUCAAAAGUGUAUUCGUCAUCUUAUGAAAAUGAAAAUAUUAUAUAUUUAGAUACAAUUGAAUCAGCACGUUCAAUUGGUGAUUAUUGGAUUCGUUUAGAAAGAUUAUUGCCAUCUUCAUCAUCAUCAUCAUUGUCACCGGUGCCAUCGUCUUCACCGACAUUAAAUUCUAUCCAACCAUCAUCUAUUAAACAAUCCAAUGAAUUAUCAACACCCAAUAGUUCACUAUUAAAUGAUGAAAUAUUUAUUUAUUUCGAUCCUGGAAUGAAUGAUGUGUUGGAGAAACGACAACUAUGGUUGAAUGCAAUAGAGUUAGCUUUAAAAUUGGAACAUCAUAGACGACGUAUAGGUUAUCAUCAUCAAUUAAAUACACAUUUUCACGAGAAUUCAGACUCCACUGGAAGUAAUAAACUAGAUUUAUUUAACAAAUCUAACGAUACAGAUUCAGUGCGCAGUGCCUUACAACGGUAUGCUCAAGAAACAGAAUUGUUUGUAAUACGUCAACGUCAAAAAGAUCGAAUCAAAUUAAUCACAUUGUUCCCAGAAGUUCGAAUAAAUCAACAUAAAAUUAAAAUGAACUACUCAUCACAUGAAAAUAAUAAUGUAAUAGUUAGCAAUUUGAAAGAUUCACCAUUUUCACCAUUUCCUGAACGUACAAUUGAAUUAUGUAAUCGACGAUAUUUAGCUACAUGUUUAUGUUUACAUUCAAAAAUUCAAGCUAAUUUGGAAAUUUCAGGGAAUUCAUCAUCUUCCCAUUUAGAGAAUCCAGAACCAUAUUUUGUUACUAUUUUUCUUGUGGAUGUCAAUGAUGGACGUCGUGUUAGUGAAGAUUUCUAUUGGAAUCCUAAUACAUCAAUUAUUGAUUCUAUGUUACCAAUAGAUCAAUUCAAAUGUUUACCAUGGUAUUCAUCUAAUAAUCAACAUUCUGAAACAACUAAUGAUAAUCAUCAUUAUUAUUCAAUAUCUAAUCAACCAAAUAUUAUUUCAUCACCUAAUCGAACAACACGUAGACAUGCACCACCACCACCACCACCAAAUAAUAAUCUUAUGUCUCCAUAUGGAACACAAAGUUCUAUUUCAUUAGAUUGUUUGUAUAAGUGUCGUACAGCAUUAUUUUCAAUUCCGUCAUGUUGUCAUGUCAAUAAUUUGUAUAUAGUUGUACGAGUAGAUAAAGUUCUUAGUGGACCAAUCAAUACAGUAAUAGAUAAAUACUUGAAAAAUACUAAUAAUACUAAUGAUAAUAUUAAAACUGGUUCAAGUAUACAAAAAUCAAUGGUGAAUUAUUGUCGUAAUAUUGGUCGUUAUCGUAUGCCAUUUGCAUGGGGUGCAAGAUCUGUAAACAGCACAAAUCGUUUUAUUCAUCUAUUCAAAAUGGAUUCUAAUAAGAUCUCUGAACAAGGAUUAAUUCAAUCUGUACAAAUGUUAUCCCAUUUAUCAAUUGAUUAUAAUACAUAUCACGAUCGGUAUACAGAUAUAACAAGUAUUAUGACUACUACUAAUAAUGAUAAUAGUAGUAUAAAUGAAAGUAAUCAUUAUCAUAUACCAGAAUCUAUAAAUCAUAUGUUAAAAACAGACUCAAAUAAAUCAAAAUCAUCAAAAUUGAUUAAUAAUAAUUCUAUACUAAAAGAUGUCACAACUUAUUUAACCGAACAAGAUCGACUCUUUAUUGAAACAAUUGAACGUUCUCUUAAAACUCAAAUGUUACCUUUACGAUUUGAAUUCGUGAUGAGUGAACUAAUUGAUCAUACUAUUGAUCCUAAUGCAAAACCUUUAUCACGAGUUAUUGCUUCAAAUCUGGAAACAUACACACUGAAUGUGACAGCUAAUAAUUCUCAUAAUUUCUAUAUACCAUCAACACAUCCACCGCUUAUGUCAGAUGAAAUCAUACUUGAAGUUGAAAAUCUAUUUGAUUUUUACUCAACUCUAUCAGGAACAUCGUAUAAUGAUGAUUAUGGAAUUAAUAAUCCAGAUGAUUCUAAUACUCCUUCUCAUACUGGAAGUCUUCAAAGAGGUAGUUAUCGAAUGAAUUCACUUAAUAACAAAAAUAAUAAUAAUAGAGAUUCUAUUCUAUCAAAUAAUAGUGUAAAUAGUACAACUAGUUCACUUAUUAUUACAAAUGAUUUGCCAAAAUUAUUAAAUAACACACUUCAAAAUCAAUCAAAUUCACUUGAACAAUCUGUUAUUCAAUUUGAACACGGAACAAGUACACAAUGUUCAUCUAUUAAAUUAUUACCAUUCACCUCAUUUUUUAAUACAUUAUAUGUAUGUCCAAAAUCAUUGAAUAUGUCAGGGAAACAUAAUUUUCCAAGGGCUCGGAAUUUAUCAUGUUUCAUUGAAUUACGAAGUAAUGAUAAUUUGGAUAAUUCUACUGCGUUAAAGGUGUUUUACACUCGUCCAAGUAUUCGUCAACCAAUAUUUGAUUCAUGGUUUAAUACUGCUGUAAUAUAUCAUGAUAAUUAUCCGAAUUUCAGUGAACAAGCUAAAAUCUGUUUACCAUUAAAUUUAACUUCAAAACAUCAUUUACUAUUUCGUUUUUAUCAUGUAAGCUGUGAGACGGCUUCAACAAAUUUAUUAACUUCCAAAGAGAAAUCUAAUAGUAGUAAUAAUAACAGUAGUAGUAGUAGUAGUAAUAAUAAAAAACCUGUUGAAUCAAGUACAGGCUAUUCAUGGAUUCCAAUACUUGGAACAGAUGGAAAUUUAAAUGUUGGCACAUUUCAACUUCGUAUUGCAUCAACUAUUCACCCGGGUUAUUUACAACAAUCAACUAUACAAAACUUUCGUCAUUCAAAUAUAAAUGACACUAGUGGUGGAAUUAGUUUGCCAUUCAAUAUUGGCAAUUCAAACCCUACAAAUAAUAAUAGUGGUAAUUCCAUUGAUUUCACUUGGAUUGAUAAUGGGAAAUAUUUGUUUAAAGUUGAUCUGAAACCUUUAUCAUCUAUAUAUACACAUGAUCCAAUAUUGUCAAAAUUCUUUCGUGUUUGUGGUGAUCUACUACCACGGAUGUUGUACUUAUCAUCUUCGAAAACAAAUAAUGCAGAUAAACAGAAGCAAAAUCAUGUUACAUUUCGUGAUGAUACUGUUGUAAUACAAUCUAAUAAUAUUGAUUUAUCAUCUUCAAAACGUAUCAGUAUUACAGGGGGUAAUAUUUCUAGUAACAGUAUAUUACAUAAUGCAACAUCAAUUCAUUUACAUUUAUGUAAUGCUAUGAAGGCAUUAUUAUUGAUUAGUCCAACUGCAUUAGUACAAUUUCUACCAGUUAUUCUUAAUCAAUUUAUGGAGAUCGUUAUUCUUAGUGCUGAAACAAGUGAAAAAUGUUUUCAACAACAGCAGCAGCAGCAAAUAGCUCAACUAUCAGAUUCAAUCAACAAAGAUCUUAGUAAUACUGCUGAUACUUCGGAAUAUUUGUGGUUUAGAAGUUUAAAAAAUAAUUAUAAUAAUAUGAUUAGUGCAAAUACAACAAAUUAUACUACUACUACCACUACUAUUACUAGUAGUAAUAAUAGUACACCGGAUGAUGUAUUGAAAACAGCUAUUAGUACAUUAGCUAUGCUUGUCUCUGAAUUGAAUGCACAAAUUCCAAAUGAUAAUUUUUAUUAUCCAAUCAAGUCAACGAAUGAUACAGCUUAUAUGGAUAGUGCAGUCGAUUCAAACAUACCAAGUGGUGAACGUGUAAAGCACAAUUUAUUGAAAACUUAUGUAGAGUUUGUAUUCAAUCCUGAUCAUUUGUUAACAACAUGUAUAAAUCAUUAUUUAAAUGAGAAUCAACAAUUCAUUAAUGAUCCAAGAAAGGAAGAAGAAGGAGGAAUACAUCAUAAAAGAUCAAAUCGUUCACCUCCGCCAUCAUCAUCACCAUCUAUAACAACAACAACAAGAUCUAAUAAACUAUCAAUAUCACAAUCGACAAUUAAUCAAUAUUUUCCUUUAUCCUCAUUACAUCAUUCUAUUAUUCGUGGUUUAAUUCUACUUUUAUCUGAUAUUCAUUGUCCAAAUAAUAUAUUAAUACAUUUAUUUAAUAAUAUUUGGUUAUUAUUAACAUUGAUAAUUAAAUCAAUGACACAAUAUUUAUGUAUUAGUAAGAAAAUAUGGGCCGAACGAUCAGGUGAAACACGUUUUUCAUCAUUAUUCUGUGAAGAUUUAACUGUAUUUAUUCAAUUGAUUGGAUCACAUUUAUUAUCUACAUCUCUUGGUACUACAAAAACCACAUCAAUAGCAUGUAAUCAAUCUAAUAAAACUGAUGAAUUAGAUACUACCACUUAUAAUCAAGUUAUUACAUCACUUAAUGGAUCAUCAACAAAAAUGGAACCAUUCAAUUCUCUAACGAAUUCACAAGCAAGUAAAUAUAUCAAUCAAUCGUUAACACGGAAAACCUCACCUCGUUCUGAAUCUAUUCAACUUAAACAAUAUUCUAACAGCGUUAAAUCUAAUCCACAUCAUACCAAUAAUAAUGUAAUUAAUUUUAAUGGAAUUGAUGUGAUCUCAGCAAUCGGACAAUUUUUAUGUCAUUUAUUCAAUUUAAUGGAUAGAGGUUAUGUUUUUAAACGUGUUCGUGAUUUGUUAAUGUUCCUUGAAAUAUCACCAAGAAUGUCCGCUGAUAAAAUUGAUCAAUUAAAUGAAUUACGAUUUGAAUUAUUACGUUGUAUUUGUGAACAUGAACAUUUUAUUCCAUUGAAUUUACCCAUGUUAAAUAUAUCCGAUGGUUUAACUGAACAAUAUUCUGUUAGCAGACUGUAUAUUGUAAAUAUUGAGCAUAGUCAAGAUGUUGGUCUUGAAUUAUCGUUAACUGAUCAAUUUUGUCAACAACAUUUUCCAAUUGGAAUUCUAUUGAAUCAACUUAGUUGUUUAUUAUCUGGUUGUAUAAAUACUGGAAGUUGGGCAACACUUAGAUCAACAUCAAGUCAACAUUAUAAACAACCUAUUACAAUAUUACGUAAUCUAUUAAUUAAACAUACACUUGAUCCUCGUUAUCGUGAUUCUAAAGUAAUUCAAGCUAGAAUUUGUACAUUAUAUCUUCCAUUGAUUCGUUUAGUGUUGGAUCAUUGGGAUUCAUUUGGACCACCAGGUGGUGCUCUACAAACAGCUGUUAUUGCAGCUGCAGUACGUCGAGAUUAUGAAGAAUCUUUACAACUGACUGAUGGUCAUAGUAAUUCUAGUACAUUGAAUACAUCUCGUCGUCAACAUUCUAUUGAUAAAUCAAAUAAAUUAAAUAAAUCCAAUAUUUCAGGUAAUUUAACUAGUCAUAUUAACAGUAUAUCACAUUAUCGACCACAAAGUAUGCUUAGUGAUUAUUCAUUAGAAACAAUUAAUAAUAACAAUCAAUCACGGCAACAACAACAACAACAGAACACAAUGAAUUCUGACAAUGGAUCACAUGAUUCUUAUUUAUCCAUAACUAGUAGUAGUCAUUCAUUUUCACAAACUGGUAGUAGCGGUAGAAAAUCUUCUUUAUCAAGUGAUCAAAGUGAUGGUCGGUCAACAAACAGCGGUUCUGCAACUGCUACUACUACUGCUAAUGCUGCUUAUUUAACUAAAGAUGGCAAAGUACAAAAGCAUAUAUUAGAUCAAAUUGCUGGAGUUAAUCAAGGUGGCGCUCUGCAACGUGUACAAAGAAUACGUCAUCAGGACAUUUCAUCUAUACUGCCACCAUCAACAACAAUUAUCACGUCAUCCAUCGAAUCUAAUGCACCAUCGAUAAUAUCUAAUCAAUGUCCACGUUCUCAUUCAAUUCAUUCUGUGGAUAGUGCACAAAGUGGAAAUUGUGUUUUAUCAAGUCAUACAAGUAGUAGUACACUGACAUUAACUGGUCCCGAUGUGGAUAAUAAUAAUAAUAAAGAUCAUAUAAAUGGUCUAAAUGGAGGUAAUCAUAUCGAUGAGAAUGAUGGCAUUAAUAAUUUAACCAGUGAUUACAAGAAUAAUGAAAUCAACCAGAAUCACAAUGAACUAAAUAACGAUCAAGAUUGGGCAAAGCAAGUUCUUACGUUAGCUGGUAUUUAUACAGAUCGUAUUAAUGAUGUAAAAUCAGUGAGUUCAGUGAGUCCACAAUCUGUUAUAUCUAAUCCUUCUAUUGGAAUUCCAUUAGAAAUGAAUGUUUCAGAGAUGGAAAAUUCCGACAAUGUUCAUCAAUAUUCUCAUUAUCAUAAUCAUUUACCAUUUCAUCAAAAUAUACGAUCUAAUCAUCAAAAGACAUUUAUUCCUGAAUUAUUAUUAAUUAAACAACCUAUUAUACGUCCACAUAUUCAUCGUCGUCCAUAUGAAUUAAAUAAUAUAGAUGCUCCACGUCGUUUAACUGAUAAUUGUCAACGUGAUUUAUAUAUUUGUAUAUUACAUAUUAUGUCUACUAUAACAUUAGUACAUUUAAAAUGUUUAUUUCAUAGUUUUACUAUACAAGAAAGAUUACAUUUUUUGAAUAUAUUAAAAUUUUCUAUUCAACAUCUACAUUAUCGUGGUAAACAUUGUAUUCAACAAUAUGAACACAUAAGUCACAGUAGUGUUGGACGAACUGGUGGUACUGGUCAUCUCCUUCAUAUUAGCAAUGCACUAGCUAGUAAUGCUGCUUCUCGUAAAAAGAGCAAACAUUUACAAAGUGAUCUGUUAACUAAAAAUGUUAAUGAACUAACCCCUGAGGAAGGACUCGAUAAUACACCAAAAAUGAAAGUUUUAUUAAAAGCGAAUUUGGCAACUGAAUCAAGCUUGAUCAUCUUAGAUUUGUUGAGUACGUUUACAACAGUUUUUAAAUCAGAAUUGAAUCUGUGUAAACCGAAUGAUCCAGUAUUUUGUUCAAUAAUUGAAACAUAUAUAUGCAUAUUAUCUAAUAAUCCAUCUGAUUAUGUAAUACGUCAUACAUUUUCUGCAUUACGUGUAUUUAUUAAUCAAAAUUCACAGACUCUCUUCUCUGAAUCAACCGAUAUUCUAAGCAUGCUUUGCUUAGCUGGUUUAAGAUGUUCUAAUCAAUGUUUCCUUUCAUUAUCAUCGGUUCUCUCUUCUCCAUCAUUAUCAGUUUCAUCAAUACCACCACCACGAACAACAACAACAACCGCAUGCUCUGUCUCCAACUUGACUGAUUCCAAUACUAAUACUCUAUCGGAUAAAAAUUCUCAAAUAUCAUUUCUAACUAAUAAUAUUAAUACAACGUCGUCUGACACAACAGCAUCUAUUAAGUAUAAACCUCCAAUACUAUCUAGAUUGAAAAAUAUUGAAAUUAAUGAUACAAAUCAGGUUAUAUCAAAUACUAGCCAUUUUAAUCAUAGUAAUGAUUAUGAUAAUAGUAAUAUGAAUAAUCAAGCAUUGAUAAGUAGACUUUGUCUAGAUGCAUGCGGUUUCUUAUAUCGUUUAUGGAAGUGUAGUUUUGAAACACAUCAACAAGUUGGAUUUCAUCGUGUACAUUUACAGACAAUUAUUGCUAUAUCAAAACUUGUAAGUGAACUAAGUCCAGGUUUUGAAGCGAGUUUAAGUCUUUUGCAUAGUUUAGCACAAACUGAUAUGCAAAGAAUUUCAGAAUCAACUUCGACAAAGUCAUUAACUACAACAGUAACAACAACAUCGUCGUCAUCAUCAAAUGCAUCUGGGAAGUUGUUUUGGACUGAUUCAAAUAUUCGUUUAUUCUUAGAUGAUAUUGACGAUUUAAUUCAUCGUAUAUUAACUGUAUUAACUGCUACUGCUGAAAUGCGUCGACAUUGUGAUGACCCUGAGCGUAUAGUUGACUUACAGUAUGCACUAGCUAAAUCGUACAGUAGUAAUCCAGCACUAAGACGUACAUGGUUAGAAGAAUUAGUCAAAUUACAUAUGAAUUCAAGAAGUUUCACAGAAUUAGCUAUGACUAAAUUACAUAUUGCUGCAUUAAUGGCUGAAUAUUUAAAACGUAAAGGUAUUUUAGAUUGUGAAUUUCCUCAAGGAUGUAAUGCAUUUAAAACAAUCUCAUCUAAUAUUUACAUAGAAGAAAAUGGAUUAAAAACAGAUUCUACAAUAUUAGAAAUUUCUUAUACACAAGAGAAUUUAUUAACAGAUUUGAAUGAAGCUGCAUUAGCUUUAGAAUCCGCUGGAUUAUAUGAAUGUAUACAACCUGUGUAUAAUUUAAUUUUACCAGUAUAUGAAUCUAAAUGUCAAUAUAUGAAUUUAGCUCAAAUUUAUCAUCAUAUUGGUCGAACUUAUGAAGCAAUAAAUCGAAUUGAAUCUUAUGGACAUCGAUUAUUUGCCGCAUAUUAUCGUGUUACAUUUCAUGGUCAAUUAUUUGAAUCAAUGGCUGGUAAAUCAUUUAUUUACCGUUCAAAUCCAUGUCAAAAAUUAAAUGAAAAAUGUGAUGAAUUAUUACAAUUAUAUCGUCAUAAAUAUGGUGAACAAUCAGUGGAAUUAUUAACUGAUAAUUUUAUUAAUCGAUCAAUAUUAGAUCCAAUGAAAGCUUAUGUUCAAAUUACUUAUGUUGAACCAUAUAAAGAAAUAAAAGAUUCUGAUAAAAAACCAUUAAGAUCUUAUGAAAAACAUCAUGAUGUACGACAAUUUAUGUUUGAAGCACCAUUUCUAAGACAACCAGGUUUAUCUACGGAAGAAUGCCUAUUAGCACCAGGUCCAAAACAAAGUGAUGAUUUAACUAUCCAAUGGAAACGUCGUACAAUAUUAACUACUGAGGCAACAUUCCCGCAUAUACGUCGUCGACUUGAAAUUAUACAAGUGACAGAGAUUGAUUUCACUCCAAUCGAUUCAGCGAUAGAUGCUAUUCAAUGUAAAAUUCAGGAAUUAAUGAGCCAUGUAAUAACUCUACGUAAUAAUCUGACCAUUUGCCAUUAUUCAGCUAAUCCAACAUUGAAUGAAGAUAAACGUGUCUCUAUCAAUAUGCUUAGUUUACAUUCACCUAUUGUAAUAACAAAUACUUCUUCAAACAUUCCUAAUGUCACUUCAACAACAACAACUACUACUACUACUAUAAAUAGUAGUAUUAAUGGAAAUAAUUCAAAAAUAUCUACUUAUAAAAUACCAUUAUUAAUGGAUAUGCAAUUACAAGGUGCAUUAUUACCUACAGUGAAUGCUGGUCCAAUGGCUUAUGCUCAAGCAUUUUUAAAAGUGGAAAAUCAAUCAUUUUAUCCUAUCACUAAAGUUAAUCGAUUGAAAGAGUUAUUUUUUGAUUUCUUAUCAACUUGUCUGGUACUCCUUACAUAUUAUUACAAUCUAAUGUCAAGUGUACAUGAAGCAAAAUAUCGUGCUAUGCGUGAUGCAUUAGAUCGUUAUCGAGUCGAUUUAAGUAAUUUAUUAAAAGAAGAAAUUAUUGUUAAUGAAAAAGAAUUAAGAAUUGGACCGAAAUCUUCAUCCUCUUCAUCAUUACCAUCAUCUCCAACAACAUCGUCUUCAUUCACAAUGAAUCAUAUUCAUUGAAUUACGCAACUACAUUAAACUCUAUUUCGUUUUUUGGUCAUCUCUCUCUUUCAUCUUUAUCCCAUGAAGAGUUUAUUUGUGUAUACAGUGAUAGGGUCAUUAUUCCAUUAGCGUUUGUUUUGUUUUUUGUGAAGCAAAUUAGUUUUCUACGGGAUAGAGUUGCUAACCCUUAUGCUUAACCUUCCUCCUUUUAUCCAAACUUGGAAUCGGUAUGAACUCGAGAAGAACUGCACAGAUGGAGUUACAUUGUUUCAUAAUCCAACUUAACUAUUAUAUUCAAUGAUCAUCUGUAUUAUCGGUUUACAUUUCUCAUCAUAUAAAUUGAAUAGAAAAAUAAACAUUCCAAUUAUAAUUGACAUAUCGUUGUAACAUGUAUACACAUAUGGUAUAUACUACUGAUAUCUAUCGACAUAUAUGAGUAGUAUAUUAACACCAAACAGAAAUAGCUUGUUUAAUCUGGAAAUUAUGUUGUUCUUCAUUGUACUAGUAACAAAUGAUAGAAGAAGUCCUUUUUUUCUUUUUGAAUUCUCUACUGAAUACCUUCAUUGUUUUUGAAAACAAACAAGGUAUUAUGUAAUUUGAAUCAAAUGUAUUUAUGAUUAUUAUAAAUGAUGACUAUUCAUUCAAAUGCAUUUCUAUGUCAGUUAUUUUGAUCCCUUCUCCUACUUCUUCUGAUUAUUAUGAUCAAUCAUAAUAUUGUACACUAUUUAUUUUCACAUAAUAGAUAUGGAUGAAUUUUUUUUCUGUUACCAAGUUGUAUGUAUUAUGGAUAAUUAUUUUGUAAAAUAAUGACAUAAUAUAGUAAUGAUUAUACUAUGUAUA